AUGACGGAGAAGCUAGAUUUCGAUGUAGUGCUGGUGGGAGCAGGUAUUUCGGGUAUCAACUUUGCAUAUCGUUUGCAAGAACGCUGCCCGAGCCUCUCAUAUGCGGUCCUCGAAGGCCGCCAUGAGAUUGGUGGUACCUGGUCUCUCUUCAAGUAUCCUGGCAUCCGCUCAGAUUCAGACCUGUACACUUUCGGCUUUCCAUGGCGGCCAUGGACGGAGCAGAGUUCCAUCGCAGAGGGUUCGCUGAUCAUCAACUACAUGAAGGAGUCUGCUGCGAUGUACGGCAUCGAUCAGCACAUCAAAUUCCAUCACCAUGUCGACGCAGCAGACUUCUCGAGCACAUCGAAGACAUGGACUCUUGACGUCACAGCCAAUGGGAAGGAGAAGAAGACCAUCCGUAGCAAGUUCUUCCUGCUGUGCAGUGGCUACUACGACUACGACCAACCACUCAAAACCCUCAUACCUGGUAUCGAGGAUUUCGAGGGCACCGUAGCCCAUCCACAGUUCUGGCCACAAGACAUGGACUACACCGACAAGAAAGUGGUGAUCAUCGGAUCCGGCGCCACCGCAAUCACCCUCAUGCCUAACCUUGCUAAGAAAGCUGAAAACGUAACAAUCUUGCAAAGAUCUCCCAGUUACAUCUUGUCCCAGCCUUCCGAGGACGGCAUGGAGAAAGCUAUCCGCUGGUUGACCUGGUGGAAUAAGCCUCUCGAGCAUACUCUUAUCCGCUGGAAAUGGGUGCUGGUGCCAUUCUUGCUCACCCGCUUCGCUUACAACUUUCCCAAUGCCGCACGAAAGAUGUUCCAGAAUAUCACCCAAUCUCAACUGCCACCCACCAUCCAGCGAGAUCCCCACUUCAAUCCGUCUUACAACCCUUUCGAACAGCGAGUCUGUUUCUGUCCCGAUGGCGACUUCUAUAAGGCUUUGCGGACUGGUAAAGGAUCUGUUGAGACUGGGGUCAUAGAAAAGGUCACCAAGAACAGUAUCAAGCUUACAUCCGGUAAAGAGCUCAAUCCCGAUAUCAUCGUGACAGCUACUGGGCUUCAACUACGAGUCGGCGGCGGCAUCGCCAUCUCCGUCGACAAGGCACCGUACAAUGUUGGUGGAAAAUUCCUCUGGAAAGGCGUCAUGCUUGAGGAUCUGCCAAACGCAGCCUAUGUGAUCGGCUAUGUUGAUGCCAGCUGGACACUUGGUGCUGACGCCACUGCGCAACUCAUCUGCCGCAUGCUCAACACCAUGCAGAAAGAAGGUGUGGUGGAGGUUGUUCCAAGACUUAGUGACAAAGAGAGGAACAGCAUGAAGGAGGAGCCUGUCUUGAGACUGACGAGCACAUAUGUCAAGAAGGCUAAAGAUAUCAUGCCCAAGGCUGGAGCUAGUGGGCAGUGGAGGGCGAGAAGCUACUACUUCAAGGAUAUACUGAUGGCUUGGUUUGGAGACAUCAAGACUGGGACUGAGUGGAUUAGAGGAGUGUAG